CCUCCCGUCUAUUCCCUCUCUCUCUCUGUCUUUUUCUCUCUCUUUAAUCUCUCUGUUCCGAAAAAAACUGACACAUUCCAAGGAAUUGUGAUUCCUAAUACAAAAUCUAAACAAAAUAGGAGUAACAGAAAGAAAAGGGUUUCGAAAAUUUUUCCGGCUAAUCCGUACACAAUUUCCAACCAACCCAACCGACAUUUCGAAAUUCCAUCCAAAUUUUAUCCCGUUUCAAUUUCAUCAUUACACCCGUUUCAGCUCAAUUCAAUUUUUGAAUUAUCCAACGUAAACAUAUCUCCCCACAUGUUGGUUUCUCUAUACAUGCAUCAUGCAUGUUUGACGAAAUGAGAAUAGCCGUUGUGUGGGAAAGGAAUGGUGAAUUGAGAAGCUGCAGCGAAGGAAAUGGGCCUUACGAGAGGCCGUUAUGUGAUUGUUUUGUUGGGUUUCGUUGUUUUCUUUGCGUUGGCGGUAGUUCGUUCGGAAGGCAGCCGGAAAAUCUUGGGAACCCUUUUCGGCAAUGGAGUCCCUUGGAUCUUAUCUCAAGAGCUAGAUCAAGAAACGGUAGAACAAGCGUGGAUUCAUUGCAGGAGAGAAUUGGAAGACAAUACAGAAGCCAUUCAGGAUUUUGACUUCUAUCUUCAGCAGGCAGCAUUUCGUAGUUAUAAUAAGAUCUAUUCCGAUGCAGUGUUGUUGACAAAAAUAAAAUUAGAAAAGACGAUUAACGAUCUACCUCCCCAAGCAAAACAAACUCUUUUGGAUUGCUUAAGAAGAAAAAAUUUCCAGUUUUACACGUCCGAUAAUAAAGCUGAUUCUGGGGUUUGGUUCAAGAAAUGCUUUGAGUUGUUUUUUGGUUUGUCUAAUAUUCCUAGAAGGACCCUUAAGGGGCAUCAUCGUUUAUCCAAAAGCAAAGCUCCAGCUCCAGGCCCUUCAGCCACAUCUCCAUCUUAUGCUCCAUCACCGUCCUUUUUGGGCCCCGCCAGCUCGCCAUCUCCAACUCCACAGCCCCAUUUCAUUGCUCCAGAGCCAUCUCCCCCGAAAAACUUGAAGUUAUCGCCGCCAUCACCAAAAGUCAAACAUUCUCCACCACAUUUUGGUGUUCCACAUCCUCCUCCUCCUCCUCCUCCUCCACCGAAUAACAGUGACAGCCGGAAUAAGCUAAUUAUUAUUGCUAUAUCUGCGACUGCUGCUGUAGUAAUUGCACUUCUUGCAAUGUUUUUGUUUUGCUGUCUUAGGAGAAAUGGUAACAAAGUUGACCCCAAAGAUGGACAAAGAGAUGAGAAACCACUUCUCAACUUCUGCUUAAGUGAUAUGUCUGGUUCUUCACAAAAGUCUCAAAAUGUAGGAAACUCAAAUAACCAAGACUUGAAGAAUUUGUCUGUAGCUAACAAUUUGUCCGUCGAUAAUCAUGGCUCUUCACUGGUCCAAGGUCAAUCACCAGAAGGUGCAUCUGGAAGUAGCAAUUCAGUAUUACCACUUCCACCAGGAAGACCAGCUCCUCCACCGCCUGGGCCGCCUCCUCCACCACCUAAACCUCCUGCUCCCAGCCCUCCACCACCUCCAAAAGUUGUUCGCCCUCCCCCCGUUCCACUUGCUAAACCUUCACCUCUUGGACCACAUCAUCGCGGACGUUCUUCUUUAGGCGGAGCAGAAGACUUAGCUGUUGAAUCAGACAGUCAGAAAACCAAGUUAAAGCCAUUUUUCUGGGACAAGGUUCUCGCCAAUCCUGAUCAUUCAAUGGUUUGGCAUGAGCUUAAAACCGGGUCAUUCCAGGUGAAUGAGGAGAUGAUGGAAAGUCUGUUUGGAUAUACCACUGCUGAGAAGACCAAGAGUGAGCGUCGGAAAGAUUCGUCUCUUGAGUCUCCACAGCAUUAUAUCCAGAUUAUUGAUGCUAAGAAGUCACAAAAUUUGGCAAUACUUCUAAAAGCGUUGAAUGUGACAACAGAAGAAGUCUGUGAUGCUCUUAAGGAAGGUAAUGAGCUUCCUAGUGAGCUCGUCCAAACUUUGUUAAAGAUGGCACCAACAACAGAAGAAGAGCUGAAGCUUAGGCUAUUCAAUGGAGAUAUGUCUCACCUAGGACCCGCCGAAAGGUUCUUAAAGGUCUUGGUUGACAUUCCCUUUGCAUUUAAACGACUGGAAUCGUUGUUGUUCAUGAGCGCUGUUCAAGAGGAAGUCUCUUCCGUUAAAGAGUCUUUUGAAACUUUAGAGGUAGCUUGCAAAGAGCUCAGAAACAGCAGAUUAUUCCUAAAACUCCUAGAAGCAGUUCUCAAAACAGGCAACCGCAUGAACGAUGGUACCUUCCGCGGAGGCGCUCAGGCAUUCAAGCUGGACACACUGCUAAAACUGUCCGAUGUAAAAGGAACCGAUGGAAAGACAACACUCCUUCACUUUGUCGUUCAAGAAAUCAUUCGAUCCGAAGGAGUGAGAGCUGCUCGCACAGCUAGAGAGAGCCAAAGCAUGUCAAGUAUGAAGACAGAGGAUCUUGCUGAUGAUUCUCCUAACGAAACUGCAGAAUACUAUUGCACCCUUGGCCUUCAUGUAGUUUCUGGGCUAAGCAAUGACCUGGACAACGUAAGAAAGGCAGCACUCAUAGAUGCUGAUAUUGUCACCGCGACAGUAGCCAAACUCGGUGCCUCACUUCUAAAAACUAGAGAGUUCUUAAACAAUGAGAUGAAGAGUUCAGAGGAAGAGAGUGAGUUCCACACCAGUCUUGCAAAUUUUGUGCAACUUGCGGAAGAAGAUAUUGCGUGGCUUAUUGAGGAAGACAAGAGGAUAAUGGCUCUGGUGAAGAGCACGGCCGAUUACUUUCAUGGGAGUGCAGCAAAAGAUGAAGGGUUGAGGCUGUUUGUAAUCGUUCGCGAUUUCUUGAUAAUCUUGGACAAGGUGUGUAAGGAAGUUAGGAAUACGACGGCAAUGCCUACAAGGAAUCCUAGGAGAGAUACUUCAUCAGCAUCAGUUUCUUCUGAAUCUAGGAACCCAAGUUUGCCUGAUGUUCGACAACGGCUAUUUCCAGCUAUCAAGGAUCGUCGGAUAGAUGAUUCCAGUUCAGAUGACGAGAGCUUGUCCCCAUGACUCUUUAUCAACAUAGGGUUUUUGGAUGCAAAUAAGUUGCAGAUGGAUAAGAAAGGGGUUUUGAGAUGGUCAUACUUGCAGGAGGAAAAGGCCAGCUGCAAAAAGUAGAAUUGAAGAGUCCAAUCUCCUUUAUCUAAUAAAGUAGUUUCAGCAAUCAGUAUGAUAUACCUCCUAAUUGCAAUAUAUGUGAAAUACUCGAACAUGAUUUUAUGAGGAAAAAUAAGAUACUAAAUUUCAAUAGAUGGAGAUUCUUUUGGGCUUGAUGCAUGCAUAUUGUUGGAAGGGAUGGAGGAUACUGUUGGGCAUCAUCCAUUGUUGUAUGCUGCCUUUCUUACGUGUACUAGGGUAUGAGCAUCGAAUACGAGUAUGUGUCCAAGUUUUAGGUUCUUCUACACAUGGAUCUUCUACACAUGGUCUGGACAAAAUAUCCAUUUUUUUCCCGAUGUAUUUAUUUUCUGUAAAUUGUAUUAGAGCAAUUCUUGCA